AUGAGUUCUCAUGAGCUCAGCACUGUUGCGUAUGACAAAGCAAUGAAUACACAGCUCAUGACUGAGCAUGAAGUGGUACGAAGCCAAGCCAUUGCUACAGAAGUGGUCCCAAAUGAAUCUUCCAAUAAGCCAGAUAUUGUGGCGAGUAGAGCUCACGGCUAUCCCAAACAUUCCCAAAAGGAAUCUCAUCCUCUUGCUGCUGGCAAUGGCAAGGAAAUCAUAUCCAAUGAGGUGGAACCAACAACGGAGAUGAUCAUGUCGAAAGAGAAGCCUCCAUUAGAUCCUGGAUGUAGCAGCAACAGUGAAAUUGGUGCUGCUAUACUCAGGCAGCCCAUUCAUAGACUACAGGAUGAAACUCAGGUGACAUCCAUCUCACUUGUGGAAGUGCAGGCCCCAGUUCAACUGUUUAUACCUACUACAUCUUCAAACAGAUUUGAGAGAUUGGAAAUUGUGGGAGGCAAUUUGGUGGUGGAUUUAGACUAUGCUGCAACCAGUUGUGAUCAUAACCAUGGGGAGGCAAAGAUCUCCUGCGCCUUGAAGCUUUUUGUUGACAAGAAUGCACAGUUCAUGUGCACUGUUCAAGUGCACAGCUUGUUUAAUGCAGUUGUUGGUCUUUCUCCUCUGUUUUCUUCUUUCUUCAGCAGAGUGUUGAUGACCUUUAUCUGUUGUUUCAACUGGUUCCCCUCAGCUGCCUUUUAUUUUGGUGUCUGCUGCCCUUGGUCUACUGCCUGGUCUCCAUUGCAGCCUACCAUAGUCGCUAGGCACUGUUCACGGCUUUCUUGUUUCACUGCUCUUGAAUUCUGCCUUGAUUGCUGCAUGUUUGCUCUGUUAUGA